CUCGCGGCCUGGGACGCUCCUCCUCGCCGGCGGCCGCCGCCCUCCUCUGCCUGCGCCUCCAGCUCGCUCGCCCUGGCCGGGCCCGGCUGCGUCUUCCGGCCGCUCACCUGGGACGCGCUCACCUGGGCGCCGGGGCAGCAGGAUGAAGGACCGGCUGGAGCAGCUGAAAGCCAAACAGCUGACACAGGAUGAUGAUGCCGACGAGGUCGAGAUUGCCAUUGACAACACAGCUUUCAUGGAUGAGUUCUUUUCCGAGAUUGAGGAAACUCGGCUCAACAUUGACAAGAUCUCUGAGCAUGUGGAGGAGGCGAAGAAGCUCUACAGUAUCAUUCUAUCUGCACCAAUUCCUGAGCCAAAAACCAAGGAUGACCUAGAGCAGCUCACGACUGAGAUCAAGAAAGGGGCCAACAACGUCCGAAACAAACUGAAGAGUAUGGAGAGGCAUAUUGAAGAAGAUGAGGUCCGGUCAUCAGCAGACCUUCGGAUUCGGAAAUCCCAGCACUCCGUCCUCUCCCGGAAGUUUGUGGAGGUGAUGACCAAAUACAACAAGGCUCAGGUGGACUUCCGUGAACGCAGCAAAGGGCGAAUCCAGCGGCAGCUCGAAAUCACUGGCAAGAAGACAACAGAUGAGGAGCUGGAGGAGAUGUUGGAGAGUGGAAACCCUGCCAUCUUCACUUCUGGGAUCAUUGACUCGCAGAUUUCUAAGCAAGCCCUCAGUGAGAUUGAGGGACGGCACAAGGACAUUGUGAGGCUGGAGAGCAGCAUCAAGGAGCUUCAUGACAUGUUUAUGGACAUUGCCAUGCUAGUGGAGAAUCAGGGUGAGAUGUUAGAUAACAUAGAGUUGAAUGUCAUGCACACGGUGGACCAUGUGGAGAAGGCACGGGAGGAAACUAAAAGAGCUGUGAAAUACCAGGGUCAGGCCCGGAAGAAAUUGAUAAUUCUCAUUGUGGUAGUAGUUGUGUUGCUGGGCAUUUUAGCAUUGAUUAUUGGACUUUCCGUUGGGCUGAAAUAAGGGCAGCCUGAGAGGCUGCUGCACUGAAAUGUUUGUGGCUUAAUGUUGUUCUUCACCAUCAUCCUGUGCACUGAUCAGCUCCUCUCCCUGCCUCUCUUAGAACCUGAUUUUACUGCAACCUGGUGUGGCCACCCUUGUCUUCAGAUGGGAAUGGAGUUGAAUGGCCUUCCUGAGAGAGAGUGGGACCCAAUCCUUUGUUUCCUUGUAACCAUCCUUGGACCUGACCUGGCAAACAGUCUAGCCCUGGAGGAAUCUAAUCUGCCUGAUGCAACCCUGAGUUCUCCCCAAAACCUUCCCCUGCCCCACCAACUCUGAAGUACCGUCUCUCCUGGACUGUACAAACCAAUCCAGCUUCUCUUUCUUUCCUCUGAUGUGUCAAAUUAUGCCUCGCACCUUGGAAAGCCUAUUUGAGACCUUCCCAAGGUGCUAUAUUUUCUACCUCACGGAGUAUUCUUCUCCCAGAAAUUGCAAUGUAUUUUUUUUAAGGGGGGGUGUCUUUAACAAAGCAAAGGGGUUCUUCCAAGUUUGGCAACAAUAAGGCUUGACCUGAGUCUUCUACGUGGCACGAUCCCAAUCCUCAGUUUGUUGUCCCUAUGUCCUGAAAAUACGAGAGACUGGAAUAUGUCAUUUUGGUCUUAGAAGCUGACUUGUUUGAAAUUAAAUCUUAAAUUAAGCUCUUAGCCUGUUCAGCUUGAUGGCCAACUUCGAUCUUUACGUUGUAUUCUCUCAUGUUUACUCAAGGAGGCACCAGGAUGAUGCAGUUAUCUGAGGUUACCGUUUGUAAAGGCAGAGGGUAUGGGAAUUUGUUUCCAUGUCUAAGUCUUGGAAACUGGCUGUUCACCGUUAGAGUGAUGCUUUGUGAAGCCAUUGCUUUGAGGCCAAAAAUAACCAGGCACUUAAAAUUGGGCCAGGGACAAGGUGCUUGAGUCUCAGGCUCUGGCAGUGUGGACUGGUGUGAGUCUUCAGGCACUCAUUUCAUGUGUUCUAGAUGUAUUUUUAUAAUAUUGUGUGUGAGAUGUACGUGCAUAUAUGCACGUGUCUCUCAGGAAGUAGAAACUACAAGUGGAGGAUAUUAUAACCUCAAAAAAAAAAUAACCUUUAGCUAGGCUAAAAAUUAGGUAAGAGACAUUUGCUUACUUGCAAAUGAAUCAUGGUAGAAAUAUGAUCUUCCCACGUCAUCGAGAAACCUGAUUUCUAGAUGAGUACUGGGAGAAAGAGAUCUUUGGGGUGAGGACUAAGUUGAUCCCCAUUAAGUUUUUCUGCUUAGAGGACAGGUGUGACAAGUUGUGACAUCUCUCCCCACCUGCUGCCUAGGCCAGGCUUGUCCUGAGAGCAUCCCACAGCAAUUUGAUAUCAUUCAUGUCACCUUUGGGAUGUCCUGUCUCCAGGGCUGAGUCAGUUGGGGGAGACCAGGGGCUACUGAGUAGCUCUUCCUGCUACCAGGUUAAUGAGCGUGACAAGUUCUUUGUCUCCCCCAAUUCUUGUCACAGAGGAGGGAACAGCCGGGAGAUUUUCAGGUGUAGUGAUUGGGCUGACCCAGUGGUGAGCCCCUUAGAUUCCCUCCUGGUCUCUGCCAGUCGGCCUGACUUAUAUUUCAGCUUUGACUUGAAUCCUUUCUAGCACAGGGUGAGCACCCUGAUCCAGGCACUGCCCACUGGCUUCCUUCGCAAAGGCUACUAACUCCCAGUCAUCGCCCAGCACUCAGACAGAGCCAAGGGGAUGCCCUGUUGCCCAAGGCUAUGAUGUCAGGUACUGGACUGGCUCCAGCAACAAGGGCAGACAAACUCUAAUCACAGGCCUCUUCUUUCCUUAGAUUGAGGCCUGGGGCUUAUAUUUUGGAAUACAACAAGUGAAUGUUUUUUGUUGUUUGUAUUUUUUUUUAAAUGUAAACUCGAUUAUUUUAUUGUUAAUUUAAAAAUAAAUGACUUUAUAUUGAUUGUGAAA